AUGAUGCACACGCAGGCUGUUCUCAGCUUUGCUCAGCAGGGACUUAUCUGGCAAGUUUUCCUCCCGCCGUCCAGCUCAGGCGCAGCUGAAGGCUCGAGAGCCACCCGGCACUGUAUCCUCCACAGCUCCUAUGAUUCCAUCACCUCCUUCGAUCUUCAGUUCGAGAGGAUGCUUUCUCAGCGCGAGCGCUUUCCUCUCGUCCGCAUGAGCGUCGAGCUCAAGGUGCCGCCUAGAAUGAUGGCAUGUGAAGCUGCAGGUGGCAGGAGGGUGAGCCAGCCCGGUCGGCUCAUCGUCACGUGGAUGAAGCUUGAGGACGCGAGCAUCCUUGAGCAAAAGCUGUGCAGGAUACAAGAGGAGCAGGAGAAGCAGCUAGGGAGGUCGGUGACCAUGGUGCUGCCUGCGUGGGUACAGCUCCUGCACAACUUCCUUCCCACGUGUUUGUACAGUCCUUCCUUGCGCAAGGGGUUAGAGACAGUGGUUGUUGCGUGGAUGUCGAUCUCGGGCCUCUGGGCCUGCUGGCAGCUCUACCAGCAUGUCGAGCUCUUCGGAGCCGCUCUGAGGCCCUUCGUGAAGGUCCUUCGGAUGCGGUUCGAGUGGAUCAUGCAGAAGAUCAACAAGACGUUCCAGACCUGGACUGACAAGUACAUCCACUGGCUCAAGCCCCUUGACGUCAUCCGGGACCGUCUCUUCUCCUCUGGGGCCAUGAGCAGCCUCCUGGCCCAUGAGAUCUCGAGGAUCUACGGGGUUGUCGCCAGCACAGCGGAGCCUCUCCUCUCCUCCGUGCAGGCCGGCAUGCAGAUGUUGUUGGCGUCAGUGGCCGCAAGCACGGCCUCGCUCUCUGCUGCAAUCUCGCCCUAUACCUCGAGCAUGUACCUGCCUGGCAUAGGAGCUGUGCAGAAGAAUCUAGCAAGCAAGACUUCUCUCCGAGCAGCCAACAGCAUCUCCUCAUACUACAGGAGCUACUCCAAGAGCUUCCAAGAAGGAGCCAAGACCCUCCUGCAUCUUCUCUCGUCGAGGAAGGCGAGCCUUGGACAAGAAAGUCUUGCUCGUGUCGGCACCUUGUACUUCCGCAUGCUCGUCCAAACAUGCAGAAACCUCUGGCGGCGUCUGCCAUGGUCUUCCAACGAGCAGCUCCUUGCCCCCAAACCUCCUGCAGCCACGGCUCCUCUAUUAGCGGUAAACGGCAGCAUCGUCGAUGGGGACUUGAUGGAGUUGUGCUCCGACCGGAGCAGCAUGAGCCCCAGGAGGUCGUGCAAGAGGAGCAUUUCAUCGCCCGACAUGUCUCCCAGGCGAUCCAGGUCGAUCAGUCAUGGAGAGCUGCAGGUUGAGGAGAGGCUGUGA